ACGUGUGUCAGGGAUGCACAAUCGGCGAGUGUCUUUGGUGUCGAUAUAGAGGAGGUUGUCGUGGAGGGAUUAGUCGGGGACUGGGUCAAGAUCAAGGAGCUUGUUGUAAAUGGCAGCGAAGUCUGGGCAAGAGAGGUAGCCUUGGGUGUAUCGGUGAUGGAGUGAUGGGAGGAGUUGGAUAUGGGUCAUGGCAGCGUGUCGUCGAGAGAGGGCAUCAGCAACGCGGUUGCUUUUGCUGGGGGUCUGGCAAAUGGUGAAUGUGAACUGGGCAAGGAAGUCGAGUCAUCGAGCUUGGCGUGGGGUGAUGUCUUUCUCGGUGAGGAUGGAAGAGACGAUGGUGUUGUCAGUGCGGAUGGUGAAGUAUUGCCCGUUGAGGUACGGGCGCCAGACUGUGAGGGCGUGAAUCACGGCGAGGAGUUCCUUCUCGUUGGAGGGGUAAUUCAUCUCCGCGGGAAGGAGCUUCUUGCUUGCGAAGACGAUAGGGUAUUUGCUGGGUGGAGCUUCGGGGUGAGUGGGCGAGUCCUUGAUGGAGGGGGUCUCGACGGUGUCGCGGGGGAAAUGUUGGGACAAUACGGCUCCAAUGGCGAAGUCGGAGGCAUCAGUGGUGACAUAGAAAUGGCGAGUGGGGUCAGCGAUCUUGAGGACAGGGGUCGUGGUGAUGGUUUGCUUGAGGAAGUCGAAAGCGUGUUGGCGGCGAUCGUUCCAAUUGAAGGGUUCGUCCUUGCGUGUGAGUCCAUGGAGAGGGUAAGAGAUCUCGAAAAAAUUGCGAAUGAACGGGCGGUAAUAGUUGGCAAGGCCGAGGAAGGAAUGAAGUUGGAGAAGGGUCUUGGGCGGGGGGUACUUGACGAGGGUUGUGGCCUUCGAGGGGUCCAUACGGAUGCCUUCAGCGGAGACAAUGUGGCCAAGGUAUUCGACGCUCGAAGCGGCAAACGUACAUUUGUUGAGCUUGGCGUAAAUUUUUUGCUCUCCGAGGAUCGAGAGGACUUGGCGAAUGUGCUGAAGGUGGGACUCGAAGGUGGGGCUAAGGAUGAGGAUGUCAUCAAGGUACACGACGACACAGACUUCGAGGAGGUCACAAAAGAUGUGGUUCAUGGUGAACUGGAAUAUGGCGGGGUUAUUGGUGUGUCCGAAAGGCAUAACGAGGAACUCGUAGUGCCCGAACCGAGAGCGGAAUGCGGUCUUGUGGGUGUCCUCCUCGCGGAUACGGAUCUGGUGGAAGCCACUGCGGAGGUCGAUCUUGGUGAAAUAUUUGGCUCCACGUAGGCGAACAAGAAGUUCAGAUAUCUGGGGGAGUGGGUACUUGUUCUUGAUCGUGAUCCGGUUCAAGGCACGGUAGUCU